GGGCCCUUCUGCCGACGGCAGCUCCCACCUCCUCCGUGUGGAAGAGCCCGUCCCUGACCCCCGGUGCCCCGAGCCCCUCGGCCGAGUUUCCCUUCCAUUCCCAUGGAGUCCGGGCCGCUUGCCUGGACCUGGGAGCCCUGGGGUCCCGGACGAUGGCCCGGGCAGCCUCGCCCGGCUCCUCCCGGACCCGACCAGGAGAAAUGGGUCCGAGCAUCAAGUGUGACCCUUAGGUCCAACCCACCCACCUAACACCUGCAGGAAGGAGAGCACUAUGGAGGGCAUCAUUGAACAGAAGGCCAUGCUUGCACACAGUAAAAUCAGCGAUGCUGGCAAGAGGAAUGGCUUAAUUAACACCAGAACCUUAAUGGCUGAAAACAGAGAUGGCCUGGUGUCUGUGUACCCAGCCCUCCAGUACCAGAGCCGGAGGGCGGUGGCCAGUGCAGCUCCAGCCUCUCUGGACAGCAGCAGGAAUGAGCCAGUUCAACAGCUGCUGGACCCCAACACCCUGCAACAGUCAGUGGAGUCCCACUUUCGCCCCAACAUCAUCCUCUACUCAGAUGGUGUACUGCGCUCCUGGGGGGAUGGAGUAGCCGCUGACUGCUGUGAGACCACCUUUAUUGAGGAACGGUCACCCACCAAAGAGAGCCUGGAGUACCCCGAUGGGAAGUUCAUCGACCUUUCCUCAGACGAUAUCAAGAUUCACACACUCUCCUAUGAUGUGGAGGAGGACGAGGAAUUCCAGGAGCUGGAGAGUGACUACUCUAGCGACACAGAGAGCGAAGACAACUUCCUCAUGAUGCCCCCGAGGGACCACCUGGGCCUCAGUGUAUUCUCCAUGCUCUGCUGCUUCUGGCCAUUGGGUAUCGCAGCUUUCUACCUGUCCCAUGAGACAAACAAAGCCGUGGCCAAGGGGGAUUUCCACCAGGCCAGCACCAGCUCUCGGCGGGCCCUCUUCCUGGCGGUGCUCUCCAUCACCAUCGGGACUGGCAUCUACGUGGGCGUAGCCGUGGCUCUCAUCGCCUACCUGUCCAAGAGCAGCCACCUCUGAGCUGCCUCCAGCCCGGAGUGAUGCGUGGAAGAGCCCAGGGCGACAGUGCUCCAGGAAUGCCACCCAGGAGGCGUAGGAGCUGGGCAGCAGUCGGUCGGCAAGUGCUGGAGAUGGCGCCUGGAGUUUCAUGCCCACAGUCUCCUCCUGGGUCCGCUCUUUCAUUUUGUUUUCCAGCACUGUGUAGACCACGAGAUACUUGAGCAUCGAUCACCCUUCCACCGGGAAGCUCCAAAGAUCCUGACUUGGGAGGCAGUUUCCUGAUGGGCUCAGUCUGGUGGACAGCAGUGCACUCUACCCUCAGCCUCCGCCGACGCCAGGAAAGCCAUCGAAUUAGCAAUACAGCAACAGCCAACGUGGGGAGGAGAGGUUAUUUCUGUUGAAUCUGGUCCUAGAGGCAGAGGACAGGAAACAAGCCCCUCCAUCUUGAGAGGGGGGAGAGAGGAAGAGAGAGAAAGAAAGAGAGAGAGAAGGAGAGAGAAAGAAGAGAGAGAGGACCCUGCUGGUAGGACUACAGCUGUCGCGGGUCUGCAGAUGAACUUACCCUGAGAAGGCUAAGACAGAGGGCUCAGGACCUGUCCCCAGGCAGAAUCUUAUUCCGAUUGUGCUCAUCCCAGCCUAAGUACUCCAGGCCUCCUCCUACAUGUGUCUGGCUGAGUGGCCCUGACACAGCAGCAAUAUGCAAUCCUGAGACUUGGGACCUAGGCAGGGGCAGGCCAUAGCUCCUCUCACGAUACCUCGAAGAAGGACCCCCUGAUUUGCUCCAUAUGCUUUGAGAAGGCUGUUGGAAGACAUGAGGGGACUCUUCGGAACUCAUACGUGCUCCCCUCGGUCUCUGGCUGUGAGACCAGCGAUCUUCUGAAGGAUAAGAGUCUUCUCUGUCAGCUCUGAAUAGCUAUUUUCUUGUCCUUUUUUAAGUGCAACUCUUGCUUCAUGCUGCUUUGGUUAUCAGAUGAAUGCUGACAAAUAAGUAAUCAGAGACAUUUUAAUACCA